CACAAGCAACAGCUACUUGCAACAAAUUUUUAUUAAAUUUUCCAAACAAAACAAAAAACAUUUAAACAAAAUGUGUCAACAAAUGCAACAAUUGGCUAACUCCAACAACACCACCGCCGCCACCAACAACAAAAUGAAAACCGCCACCUACAGCAUCAAGAAAGUCUUGAAGACUUUUUUCAAGAAACAAAACAAAUCCUCCAGCACAGAAACCUUUGAGGAUUUGGAUAACAUGCGCAACAUGCAAGCCGAACAACAACAAUACUUCAAUGAAAUGGAAGACAAUUCCGCCAAUGAAAAACUCUCAGUCAUGGCCUAUGAAGAGGAACAAGAUGAUCAAGAAGACAUUUAUGUUCCAGUACGUUUUGCUCGCACUGAAGCCGGUACUUUCUUCUGGACUACCAAUUUGCAACCCGUUACCAGCACCAUUAUGCCAGCUGUUGAUGAAGAUCUAUUGCAACCUGCCUACUGCUAUAGCAACAAUCAAUAUCCCAUCAUGCAAUUCCAAGAUCGUUGGGCUCAAGCUUAAGUUUUUAACACUAAACAACAACUUUAACAAAAAGCUUUAAAACAAAAAAACAAUUGUUUCAUCUGCAAUUGUAUUGUGAUAUUUUGUUAGCAGCAGUUAUACAGCGGCAGCAGCAUUGGUUCAAAUUAACUUUAAGCAAUUUUUUUAA